AUGUUUGUUGAUAAUAUUAAACUCGGCUAUUUAAGAUCAAUAGUGUCUAUAGAAAUGAAUGAACAUCUAAUGAAUAUAAAUACAAUAGAAUUAUCAGAAUUUAAAGCAUAUCAUCAUGUAAUUAGCAAAACUUUAAAAGAAAAGAUUUCAGUAGAUUGUAUUAGUGAUAGUAUAUUAUGGAUGAUCAAAGGAUCUGAUAAAAGAUUUUUUUUGGACUUGAUUGAGAAUGCCAAUGUUCAAAGAUAUAUUCCGUUUUUUGAAUCUCAUCUACCUAAAGAUAUAAUAAUAAUAACCCAGAUGAAUAUUUUAUGGGAUAGUAUUAAAAACAUAGAAAAGCAAGAAAUAAAAGGCACAAAAAAACUAACUGAAACCACAAAAGAUAAGUUUAGUGAUACCAUUGGAUUAAUAGAAAAGGACAAUGAUUGUAUGUAUUGGAAGUUACUAUUAUAUACGUCUGAAUUGAUCGGAUCUGAAAAUAUUUCUGAAUGGGAUGUAAAAGAUUUGAACGAUAUAUUUAAAGAAUAUGAAAUAUAUUUUAUGAAGAAUAUUAAUAAUACAAAUAGUGGGAAGGAAUUUAAUCUUAUUCGCAAUCUACCAACCAUAAUUUUAAAAAUCCUAAUACCAAAACCAUUAUAUAGAGAGAAAUUUAAAAUACCAGAUAAAAUCCGUAAUGAAAUGAUAUUAAAGCAUAUGAAACAAGGGAUUGGCGAAUCAACCAAAUACUUGUUAGAAUGCAUAUUAUGUGCUUUAUGUGGAUCAAAAAAGGAUCAUGUGUUUAUACAAACAUAUAUGGAUGAAAUUUAUGAUAUGGUUUAUAAUAGAAAUAUAAAUUUUACAAAAGCAGUAAUAGAAUGCAUACCUAAACAUAUUAAAAAAAACAUAAUUUGGAUUUUACUGGUACAGAUAAAACGAUAA